AGUGUCAUCAAGUUCAUUACGUUCAUCGUUGUUGAUUUUUUCUUAUCAAAAUCGUAUCAAUUCAAAACAAAAAUUAACUUCUUCAUGAUUCGCUGAUUGUGGAGACAUUCAUGUGAUUAUGUCAAUGUUGAAAAAGGCAGCCAUGGAUUCUUUUCGCCUAGCACUCAUCCAGAUGAAAGUCGGCACAGACAAAAUUCGAAAUGUAACGAAUGCUAUUGCACAUAUUCGGCAAGCAGUAGUCGAUCAAAAUCCAAGAGUUGUUGCACUGCCUGAAUGUUUCAACUCUCCAUACGGAACGAAGUAUUUUAAUGAUUAUGCCGAGACGAUCCCAGAUGGUUAUACAACGGGGAAAUUAUCCGAAAUUGCCAAAGAGUUAAAUAUUUACUUGGUCGGUGGCACCAUUCCCGAACGUGACACAAGCGAUGGCAGAACAUUGUACAAUACAUGCACUGUGUGGUCGCCAUCGGGUGAACUAAUUGCGAAACAUAGGAAGAUGCACCUGUUUGAUAUUGAUGUUAAAGGAGGUAUCCGAUUUAAAGAAUCUGAUGUCCUCACAGGCGGUUCGGAAUUCACGUCUUUUCAAAUUGAUAACAAUUUUAAGAUUGGUGUUGGCAUAUGCUAUGACAUUCGGUUCGAAGAAAUGGCUAGAAUUUAUCGGAACGAUGGUUGUGAUAUGCUCAUUUAUCCAGCUGCCUUUAAUAUGACUACCGGACCAUUGCACUGGGAACUUUUGCAACGGGCUAGAGCAAACGACUUACAACUGUAUGUGGCUUCCAUAUCGCCAGCAAGAGAUCCAGAUUUUGAAUAUGUUGCUUGGGGACAUUCUAUGGUGGUUGAUCCGUGGGGAAAAGUUGUGAUAACGGCAAAAGAAAAUGAAGAGAUUGUCUAUGCUGAUAUUGAUGUGUCGUUAAAUGAGAAGGUUAGAGCACAGAUACCCACUUCAAGACAACGUCGUACUGAUUUAUAUGAAACAGUAAGUAAGAAAUGAAUUGCCGUUAAAAAAUUAUAUUUUUGUAAAUAUAAAUGGGAUACUGGUGCUUAUUUCACGAAAAGAUUAUUUAAUGAUCAUCAAUAAAAAUAAAUAAAA